ACACAUUUUGCGAAAUGUUUUGAUUUUACAAUUGUUUUGAAACGCGAUUUAAACGCAAACUUAAGACACAAUGAGUGGAAAGAGUGAAUCAAAUGACGCCAAUCAAGACAAGCCUGUCAUCAAACGAUAUCGACGCGAAAUGCCUGAAGAAGCGGCCGAAGAGUCGGACGACGAUUACGUGCCGUAUAUUCCGGUCAAACAAAGACGCAAAGGGUUGACACAAAGCAACACCACAUCCAGGGCUCAAGACUAUGGCUCAACCGAUGAGGAGAAGUCGAGGACCGGUUUCGACGACAACACCACCAAAAAGGAUGAGUCGGCGAACGGCGCCAACCCUUCGGACGAUUUGGACGAAUGGCGUAAAUAUAAUAUAAGUCUUUUGGAUCAACACAACGAACUCAAGAAGAAGUUUGAGGCGCGGAAGGAGUCGGCGAUCGAGAAGCAGCUGAAGGAAGAGGAGAAGAUCCUCGAGAGCGUGGCCGAGAAGAAGGCGCUGAUGGCUGUGUCGGAGUUGGCGAAAGGGAUCCAAUACUUCGAGCCAAUUAAGACCGGAUGGAAAGUUCCCAAACAUAUCAGAGACACACCGGUCGCCAAACACGAGGCCCUCAGAGAGAAGUAUCGCAUUCUCGUUGAGGGCGAAGACAUGCCUCAACCCAUCAAGACUUUCAAAGACAUGAAAUUUCCCAAAAGUGUUAUCAAUGCACUCAAGAAGAAGGGGAUCUUAAAGCCGUCGCCCAUUCAGAUGCAGGGGUUGCCGGCCGUACUGUCCGGUCGAGACAUGAUUGGCAUUGCGUUCACCGGUUCGGGAAAGACAUUGGUUUUUGUGUUACCGAUCGUUAUGUUCGCUUUGGAACAGGAGAUGUCCCUCACGUUCAUGAAAGACGAGGGACCCUAUGGUCUGAUUAUCUGCCCGUCCCGUGAAUUAGCGAAACAGACGUUUGAAAUAAUUCAGUACUAUUGCGAUGCCAUCUCUCACAGCGGACUGCCGUCCCUUCGGGUGUGUCUCUGCAUUGGCGGCGUUUCAGUCAAAGAACAGAUUGAUAUUAUCAGACGAGGCGUCCAUAUAAUGGUCGCAACGCCGGGACGUCUGAUGGAUAUGAUGCAGAAGAAGACGGUGGGUCUAGACGUGUGUCGAUAUCUGGUUCUGGACGAAGCGGACCGUAUGAUUGAUAUGGGCUUUGAAGAGGACGUCAGGACUAUAUUCUCGUAUUUCAAAGGCCAGAGACAGACUCUGCUGUUCUCGGCAACGAUGCCUAAAAAGAUCCAAAACUUUGCGAGAAGUGCUUUAGUCAAACCAAUCACUGUUAACGUGGGAAGAGCUGGCGCUGCCUCUAAAGAAGUGGAACAAGAGGUCGAGUAUGUGAAACAAGAGGCAAAGAUUGUGCAUCUCUUGGAUACGCUCCAGAAGACUGAACCGCCAGUCCUUGUCUUCGCUGAGAAGAAACAGGACGUCGACGCCAUUCAUGAGUACCUUCUGCUUAAAGGUGUGGAAGCGGUUGCUAUUCAUGGCGGCAAAGAUCAAGAGGAGAGAUCACGUGCUGUCGCGGAAUUCAGAAAAGGUGAAAAGGAUGUGUUAGUGGCCACUGAUGUCGCCUCUAAGGGUCUCGACUUUCAGGAGAUUAAACAUGUAGUCAAUUACGAUAUGCCCGACGAUAUCGAAGACUAUGUCCAUCGAAUCGGUCGAACGGGUCGUUAUGGCAAACGAGGAAUUGCCACCACUUUUAUCAAUAAGUCUAUCGAUGAAUCAGUUCUGUUAGACUUAAAACAUCUUUUAAUAGAAGCCAAACAAAAGUUGCCGCCGUUUUUGGAAGCCCUUCAGUCAGAGUCCGAAAAGUACUUGGAUUUGGGGGACGAGAGGGGGUGUUCUUAUUGUGGAGGUUUGGGACAUCGCAUCACCAAUUGUCCCAAAUUGGAAGCCAUGCAAAACAAACAGGCGUCCAGUGUUGGCCGCAAAGACUACUUGGCCUCUGGAGCGGCCGACUGGUGAGAGAUGUCUGGGCAUCCAAACAUGCAAUGUUGGACACAAACAUACCGCUACCGCAC